AUAAUUAAGUGUACAACGCCGAUGAAACCGGCUUGUACUGGAAGCUUUUACCCGGAAAGACUUACGUAUCCAGUGAAGAAAAAACUGCCCCUGGAAGAAAAACAGUCAAAGAAAGAAUAACGUUUCUAGCAUGUACAAAUGCGACUGUACUACAUAAAUUGACUCCUUUGGUAAUAGGGAAAGCUAAAAAACCACGAAGUUUUAAGAACUCUUACAUUCCUGUACACUACAAAAACUCACAAUCUGCAUGGAUGACAGCCGGAAUUUUUAAGGAAUGGUUCAAAGAAAUUUUUGUUCCUGAGGUGAGAAAGUUUCUUAAGAAACAAGGUCUUCCAGAGAAAGCACUUCUUUUAUUGGAUAAUGCCCCCAGUCAUCCCCCAGUAAAGGAACUUUUAUCUGAUGAUGGACUAAUUCAAGUUAUGUAUAUGCCUCCCAAUAUGACACCCUUAAUUCAACCUAUGGACCAAAACGUUAUUAGGUUGACUAAACUGCAUUAUCGCUCCAUGUUUUUGGCAAUGGUUGUAGCUAAUAAAUCUAAGGACAUGAAUGUCAUUAUCAAACAAUACAACCUCAGGGAUGCUAUUUUAAACUUAUCACGAGCAUGAAAUAAAUUAGAACCAGCAACCAUUAAAAAGUGUUGGAAAAAUAUUUUCGAAAGCCAAAGCAAUGAUGAUCGUGAAGACACAAUACCCUUGGCAACUCUUCGUCAAGAAUUGCUAAGCCUGAAUAGCAUUGUAGAGACUAACCUCAGUUUAUUAGAAGAAAUUGAUCCAGGGCAAGACUUCGAACAUAGAGAUAUCGAAGAAUGGAAUAAAGAUGACUUCGUUGAACAUGAUGAGAAUUGUACUGCAGUGUCUAAUGAUUCAGAAACCGAACAGGAUCAAGAUCCAGAGGUUUCUCAGGCUAUGGAUAAAGUCACUCACGUUGAGGCAGUUCGUAUAUUUAACAGAGGUCUAGAAUGGGCGGAGCCAAACAAUGCCGACUUCGAGGAUAUUCAGUCUUUACACAAAUUACGUGAAUGUGCAACUAUUCUUUCAAACAAACAACGUAUCCGUCAAACAAAGUUAGAUAACUUUUUUCUAAAAACAACGGAUUAAAUAUAAAUAAUGUACAUUGUACUUACUUAGAUACAUAUACUUACCUAUAUAAUAAAUAUUUUUUUCUUUAUACCAUGUAUAAACAUAUACAUAUACAUUUUCAACUAUGUAUUACUAACUGUAUAGUUGUAACAAAGCGGUUCUAAUUCUCUCAUUCAUUUCAAAGAACAGAAAAAAAAACAU